AUGAUGGCCCACCCCGACAGCUCGGCGCCUCCCAAGCAGCCGAGGGCGGCCGACCCGGCGGCAGCCGAGCAGGAGCAGGCGUUCGCCAGAACGCACGGCCACCUGAACCUCAGCCGCAACCUGCUGAAGAAGGCAAGCACCAAGAAGCGGUUUGACUCCGGCGAGUGGGUAAUGGAGCGCGCCGGCCUGUCGUGCUCGGAGACGGUGCCCGCGGACGUGCCCGUGGAGCAGCUGUCGCCCAAGCUGGGUCCGGAGGGCGGCCCCCUGGAGCGCAGGCCAUCCCGCCUGGAGUCGAUGCUGCCGGAGCUGGACGCCGAGAAGGAAAACAGGGAGCGCACCGAUGGCUAA